AAUGUUCUUUUUACUAAGCGAUAUGAUGAGCCAUGGUAUAAACGUGUAUUGGAGGCUUGUGCUCUUUCUCAAGAUUUAGAAAUUUUGCCAGGAGGGGAUCAAACUGAGAUUGGAGAAAAAGGUAUCAAUCUCAGUGGUGGACAGAAACAAAGAGUAAGCUUAGCGAGAGCUGUCUAUAAUGAUGCUGACAUAUAUUACUUGGAUGAUCCACUCAGUGCUGUUGAUGCUCAUGUUGGGAAACAUAUAUUUGAGCAGGUUAUUGGACCCAAAGGAGUUCUUAAGAAAAAGACUAGAAUUCUUGUAACACAUCGAAUAAGUGUCUUGCCAGAGGUAGAUACAAUAGUAGUUCUCCAAAAUGGAAAAGUUUCUGAGAUAGGCUCAUACAGUGAACUUUUAGCAAAGAAAGGAGCUUUUGCUGAUUUUCUCAUUCAAUAUUUACAAGAAAAUGCUGAAGAAGCUGUUGAGGAAAUGCCACUCGAUGAAUUGAAUUUAAUGCAAGAAAUAGCUGCUACCAUAGGAGUACCACCUGAAGUUACAAGGUAUACAAAUGUCUUUGCUGUGAAA